GCGGGACCCCGCCUCCCGCGCUCCUUCGGCCGCCCGCGGCCGGCGCGCCCUGAAGCUCAUCGGCUCCCGCCGAGGUCGCUGCGCCAUGGCUCUGGGGCCCUCCCUGACCCCCCACGAGGGCGCCCUGUCUGCGGCGUGACGGGCGGCCCAGCCUGGGGGCACCGGGAGGCCCGACCAGCCCCCGCCUCCCUGACCGCCCCCUUUGUUCCGGAGGCCGCCAGGGUCCUCGGUCCUACGUGAAACAGCUUGAUGCCCGCAUCGGGAGCACUGGGUGCCCAAAACGGUCGCCAUGGGCCAGUGCUACUACAACGAGACUAUCCGCUUCUUCUACAACAACAGUGGCAAGGAGCUCACUUCUCACUGGCGGCCCAAGGAUGUGGUUGUGGUGGCGCUGGGGCUGACGGUCAGCGUGCUGGUGCUGCUGACCAACUUGCUGAUCAUUAUGGCCAUUGCCUCCAACCGCCGCUUCCACCAGCCCAUUUACUACUUGCUGGCCAACCUGGCUGCAGCCGACUUCUUCGCUGGUGUGGCCUACCUCUUCCUUAUGUUCCACACCGGCCCGCGCACAGCCCGGCUCUCAGUCAAGACCUGGUUCCUGCGUCAGGGCCUCCUAGACACGAGCCUGACAGCGUCGGUGGCCACGCUGUUGGCCAUCGCUGUGGAGCGGCACCGCAGCGUGAUGACCGUGCAGCUGCAUAGCCGCCUGCCCCGUGGUCGUGUCAUCAUACUCAUUGUGGGCGUGUGGGUGCCUGCGCUGGCCCUGGGGCUGCUGCCUUCCCACGUCUGGAACUGCCUCUGUGCCCUGGACCGCUGCUCACGCAUGGCCCCCCUGCUCAGCCGCUCCUACCUAACUGCCUGGGCUCUGUCCAGCCUGCUUGUCUUCCUGCUCAUGGUGGCCGUCUACACCCACAUUUUCUUCUAUGUGCGGCAGCGUGUGCAGGGCAUGGCGGAGUAUGUCACCAGCUACCCCCGAUACCGCGACACCACACUCAACCUGGUCAAGACAGUUGUCAUCAUCCUGGGGGCGUUCGUGGUCUGCUGGACCCCAGGCCAGGUGGUGCUGCUUCUAGAUGGUCUGGGCUGCAAGUCCUGCAACGUCCUGGCCGUGGAGAAAUACUUCCUGCUCUUGGCCGAGGCCAACUCACUGGUCAAUGCAGUGGUGUACUCGUGCCGGGAUGCUGAGAUGCGUCGCACCUUCCGCCGCCUCCUGUGCUGUCUAUGCCUCCGCUGGCCCUUCCACGAGUCUGCCCACUACGCACCCACCGCCCAGACAGGCACCAGCACUCGCAUUAUGCUUCCGGAGAAUGGCCACCCCCUGAGGGACUCCACUCUUUAGCCAACCUCAGACUUCAGCAGGGGUGUGGCAAGAGCCGUAACACAGCCCCUCGCCACAGGUCGAUGCGCCCGGCUUUACCCAGUCUGUAGGCUUAAAGGCAGACCCUCAGUCUGGGGUAGCAUGGCACUACUGCCAGCCCUCCCCAGGCACACAACUCUGUCUGCCCCCGGGCCUGGGGGCUUGGGGUCAUCUCCAAGUGCCUGGAAGAGUCAGGUGGGGUUUGGGAAUCUGCUCUUCAGUCAUCUCAGGUUAUGGGUUUUUUUUAAUGGACAUUUUUUCUGUUUUUACUGUACAUCCCUGGUAGACCUCAUGGGCUGCUUCACGGCAGUGUGGGCAUUAAAGAUGGGAGAGAGGAGGGCAUACAUGCUGCCAGUGUGACAGGGUAACAAAGAUGGACCGUGGACGUACCAUUUGCCUGAGGCGGAUUCUUCAGGGGCACAGAUUAAUGGGUGCCGUGUGCAAGCUGGGAAAGGUUUGUGGCCCCCUGCAGUCUCUGCGGGUCUUCUCUGUCCUCGUUAGAAUUGAAGGGGUCCAAGGGGAGGGUGUGAUAGAAGGAGUAAACCUUUCUUUCCACUUUGAGGUCUUCAAAGAAUUUUCUGUUGUCAACUCAGUCUGUUUGUUCCUGUGUCCCAGAAUCAUCCAUCUCAGCUUGGGCAGGGCCAGGAGCCUUGAAUAUGGCAUCUCCUCGACCCUGUUCUGCUGCUUUGGUCUCUGUGUGGCUGUUACUCUACCUCUCCUGUUGGAGUCUUGCUUCCGUUGCCUUCUGCUCUGAGUCUAGGUUGUUAACCGUCAGGUGUGUCAUCCCAUUGCCCACCCCACCACCUGUAUACACACCUGCCGCCCGGGGUCAUGGGGUCUAUGGAGCAGGAUGCGGAUUUGAGAGUUGCUGUUUCUCAAGCUCCUGCAACGUGCCUGGUACACUGGUAAGCACUUCAGGAGCGUUAUUUAAUCAUCACCCAUAUCUUGCAGCACAAGUAUUACACUUAUUUUCAUGUGAGGGUAGUGGCCCAGAGAGGUUGGGAUCUGACCCAUGGUUACACAGCUUUGAAAAGGCACAGAGAUGCAUAAAGCAACUAAAGAGGCCCCUAGAGAAAGGGCUUCAGGUUCCCACAAAGUUUGGAGUUGGUCACAAGCUCACCCUGGCUUUCCUCACCCCACCCAAGGCCUCAGAUAUCCCAGACCCAGGAUGAGCCCCCUCUUGGGUGCUCACAGAGGCCUCAUGGUAGACACAGUGUAGACCAGGAUCUGGAUUCUCUGCUUCCACCUCCCCAGGGAGGAGACAGGGUUAUGUCUCUGCUUCAGGUUCACAUGCUCCAUAACGGGCAGAAUUUGAACACAGGCCUCUCAUCAGAAGCCGAAUUCUUAAAUUAUGAAAGCUCGUGUUGCCAAAGCUCCAAAAACGUCUAGGUCCUAUAUUAAAUGGGGUUGGGUUUCCCUCUGGGUAAACUCCCCUGCCCUAAGACAGCUCUGUGAGGAGGCACAAGUGACCUGGGGUGCCGGGUACUUCUCCAGGUCCAAGGUGAGCAGCAUGCCUCCUAAGGCCUCCAGAGGUGAUGGCCCGGGCAGCAUCUUCCACCACGUGCCCAGGCCCAACACAUUCUAUACUUGCUGUUUCUAUCCAGCUGUAGGGUUGCCUUGUUGGGGAGCUUUUGAGAUUGUUCUUGCACAGGCCCACAUCAGUUAUUCUCAUCCCCUGCUGUCUCUUUGGAGUUCUCCCGUCCAGCCAGGGAUGUCCAGAUGGGGAGUGCAUUUCCUCUGCAACAGCAAUGGGAAGAAGACAUCCCUGCUCUGAAGGACGCCCAACCAGGCUGAGGACCCUUUACAAGCCUGCAUCUGGAGUCUGUCCUCAGAGCAAACAGGCUCCAGAAAGUCCCAUGGCUUUGCAGAAGUGAUUCACAUCCAGCCUCUUUUCUCUUGCACGAAGAUCCUUCUCUGAAGUCGUGAGUGCUAAUGGCCAGAAACAAAGACCUGUGAAGAUUCGCCCAGACUUGGGGUGCACCGCGGGCUGGGCCCUGGGGAAGCAUCCUGUGUUCCUUCAGUAGCCAGGCGCUGGCAUUUUCUGC